ACUCAAAACAAAAAAACAAUGUCAAACAAGCCCUAAACUUCCUGUUUAAUAAUGGGACAAGGGGAGUGUAGUCUCGUUAGAAUGUUAGGUGCUCGACACCAAAAGGUAAUCUAAAAAAAAAAAGGGUUGACUUGUUCUUGUUUAGCAGUUAAAUCAAGACUUUUCAUCUCUCCUCUUUCUAAUUCCUCUCCGUCUUCACGCGGAAUCCAGGAAUUCACGCCGGAGUUAACUGACUCCCGAUUUCCGCCGACUUCAUCUCUUCUACUUCAUAAGUUCCAAUAAAAAAACCUUUUAAAUCCAAACAUUCAAUUUCCAAUUCCUUCAUUUUCUUGUCCAAAUUUAACAAAGUAAUUAAGAAAAAAGUUUCACAAAAAAUGGGAACUCCGGCAUUCCCAAAUCUGGGUAAACAUUGCUCCGUUGAUGAUUGUAAACAGAUUGAUUUCCUCCCUUUUACCUGCGACCGCUGCGACCAGGUAUAUUGCCUUCAGCAUAGAAGCUAUAAGCAGCACCGAUGUCCACAUGGUGACAACCAAGGUGUAACUGUUGUCAUUUGCCCACUUUGUGCCAAAGGAGUUCGCCUGAAACCUGACGAAGAUCCAAAUAUUACUUGGGAAUCUCAUGUUAACACCAUCUGUGACCCAAAAAAUUACGAGAAAGUAACUAAGAAGAGGAAAUGCCCUGUUGUUGGUUGUAAGGAAAUCCUCGUGUUCUCCAAUACUGUCAAAUGCAAGGAUUGCAGCACAGAUCACUGCUUAAAACAUCGAUUUGGGCCAGACCAUAAGUGUCCUGGGCCCCCCAAAUCCAACACUGGAUUCCCAUUCAUGGGUCUCUUGACCAGCAGUAGUAGAAAAGAAGUGCCACGGCCUAAGGCUCCAGUCCAAUCAACCUCAUCAGUAUGGUCUCGAUUUGUUAAUGCAGCUGAAACAGGCAUGGCAAAGUUGAGUAAUGAUUUUAACCAGGUACUUCAGGUAGGCCAAGGUAGUAAAAGUAGCUCAAAUAGUGGUGGAUCAGGUGGACAGGAAGUGUGCCCACAGUGUAACGCGAGGUUUUCAUCAGUUACUGCACUUGUGGAGCAUGUGCAGAAAGCGCAUGAAAAAAGUAAUAAUCGCAUGGGUGUUAGGAAGUCAACAAUUGAUGCAUGCCCUAAAUGCAGCAGAGGAUUUACUGAUCCUGUUGCCCUUGUUGAGCAUGUUGAGAAGGAACAUGGUGGCACUUCAAGGGCUUGAAAAGGCUCUUUCUUUCUUUCAUUAUCUUGAUGUUGAUCUGGUCAAGUCUGCCUGAGUAGAUGUAAAAUUGUUAAUUUAGUGAUUUAUUCUGUUCUUGGGUGUCCCUUUAGGACUGGAGAAACACAGUCCACUGAUUAAUUUUGUACUGAUAUCUGAAAGAAGUUUGACUUCAUCAAUUCUUUUUUUUUUUACAAAGUUGAAAUGUACGUUGAACGGUCAGAUUGGAAUUUAGUGUGAAUUAUACUAUACAAGUGCUCGAAAUUUUCUAGCUGUAAAUGAAGUCUGCUCUGUAUUAUGUCCUCUUACUUCA